CAGCCUUCCUCGUUAAGCCUCGACGAGUAUCUAUAUAAGGCACUACAUCGCUCCACUCUUUCUCACUGUUGUCUUGAUUGAAAAUAAGAUCUGAAAGACCUGAAUACGGCACUCAAGUGAUUCGACAAACAUGGCGACGGCACUGAGCCCGGAGCGUGAUGAAGCCCGCGAGACCCUGCUCUCAGUCUUAUGCACCAAGGACAACUGGACACCACAAGAGACCGCCCUGUACACAUCUAUUGCUUUCCGCGAGGAUGGCGUGGGAUUUCUGAAGUUUUCAAACGAUCAACCCGGUGCUCUCCUGGCGUGCGAGUUUUCCUGGGAAUUUGGGGAACCGACGACAUCACAGAUGCUCGUAGAUACCCGACAAAAGGAUCUCGAGGACAGCUUGCGCACACGCCAGCUCGGCAGAUUCCGAAUAGAUGUCACGUUGCGCGAUUGCCAACCGAGAGAAGAAUUCGGCUGCAGCAAGGAGAUGGACAUCAAGGAAGCUAUCUCGCGUCGUCUGAAGGAGACGGCCUUUGAGGAGGAAAGCUUUUUCGUCCGUCUUGAGGUCGGCAACUUUUCACCAGACAGUGACACUAGCCUGCCGGGCAGCGAACAAUACGGCAGGACAAGAUGGGCUCUUCGACUUGCCUUUGAUAGGUCCCCCGCUCCGUCACGGGAGAAAUGGCAUGACGGCUUUCAAGGCAUGCUGGAAGCUAUGAAUCUUGAGAGCGAGACGAACUGGUUUAGCCGGAAGCUGGACGGGAGUUGGACGGGUAUGUGAGGUAGUGAAGUUGGUAAAGUUCAUAUGUGCCGGGAGUACACGUUUCAAGAGAUCCAAGUGGGGAUGAAGACACAAUGCAAUGGGCACACAUCCCUUCUGUCAACCUCUUCUAAUUUGAAAUUAAAAUUUUCUUUA